GGUCACGUUUCCAUGCGCCGACUGGAAGCGCGAGCCCAGCGCACGUCGCGUUCUGCUGGAACCCGCGGGAUGUUUGGAAGUUGAAUUGGUGGAUACUCAUAAAGGCCCAGCUGUGACACCAUGAGUUUCCACCGUUCCGAGCACCUGGUGACUGCGUUCCUCUGCAUCAGUGGCGCUGCCGAGAGCUGCGUGCUGCCCUUUCUCUGCCUCCAUCUCAGCCAGCUGGGCGUACCGCCACUGCAGACCGGCCUGGCAGUGGCUGCUCUGCUUCUUCUGAGAGGUCUCGGUGGUGCGCUGUGGUGGCGCUCACUGCGCGGAGGACGACGGACGGGUCGGCGCCGACUGGCUGCCGCUGUCGGUGCGCUCUGCUCAGCAGCAGUCCUCUGUGCCCUGGCAGCGCUGCCACCGUCUGUAGGAUGUGGAGACGAUGGAGGUGUAGUGGUAGAACACGCGUCCUCCCUGCCGGGACUGAGACCACCAGCGGACAUCGUCCCAGCGGCAGGACUCAGUCAGGGAACAGACGAAGCAGCCGGGAGUGGUGGGUCAAGUUGGAGUGGUCUUCCCUCGUCACCAGACGGCUCACGACCUCCAAGUGGCAGUGGUGAAGGAGGAUUUCAUCCGCCGCCCGUCAGCCAAGGAAGUGACGGCUCCUGGUCAGAGAGCAGUGGCAUGCCUCAGCAUCAGUCUGUCGGCAGUCAAAGCAGUGAUCACCAGCGGCCAGAAACCAGCGAAAACAGCGGCUUCCAACGACCAGAAACCAGCGAAACCAGUGACCAUCAUUGGUUGGAAACCAGCGAAACCAGCGAGCAUCUGCGACCCGAAACCAGCGAAACGAGCGGACAUUACCGACCCGAAACCAGCGAAACGAGCGGACAAUAUCGACCCGAAAUCAGUGAAACUAGCGGACAUUAUCAACCCGAAACCAGUGCCACUAACUGGGGCCGUGAACCCGAAACUAUCGAAACUACGAGUGUAAAUCGACCAACGGACAAAGGUGUUACCGAGGAGCAUCGACCCGUUGAUGUCCAAACCAGUGUAGACAAUCGACCAUCGCUCAGCGAAACGAGCUCACAUAGUCGACCAGAACAAAGCGAAACUAACGAACAAAGUGAUUCAUCGACGCUAGUUCAAACGACCGAAGGUAGGCAGGCGACAGACUCUCACAAACCUCAUCGAACAACCUCCGAGAUUAGUGACCAACUGCCACCAUCUCCCUCUACUGCUGUGGUGGGGCCCCCUCUUCCUUCGGCGCAGUCCGGAGUCAGUUCUUCAUCGGUGGAGGGAGAAACUGACGAUAGCCUGCAGCCCAAUCGGGUGGAGGGUUCACCGAAGGAGGCGGGAGACGGAGAAACAGGAAAGGGAGGCGGGGAUAAAUCGAGUGAGAGUAACCACCCUCAGUCACCGACAGUGGUAAAUAGACCUAAAGUGAAACCGCAGCGUCAUCAUCCGAAGCAUGAUAAUGCUCAGAAGAAACCUAGUGGCUCCCAAACCGUAUCUUUUCAUGCUCAGGGUGCCGAUGUUUCCCAAGGUAAUGUCGAGCUCAAUGGCCCACAAAUCGAGGAUGCCAGUGGUAUGGAGACGGUCCCAGGGACAGAUCAUCAAACUUCUAACGUUCCCCCAGCCGUUACACUGUCCGCACAGAAACCACCGCCCACUGGCUCUCAAACUCCAGGGAAGAGCCGCCCACCUGCUCAUCUCAGCAGUCACCAGACUUCAUCUGUAGUUGAUGCUUUAUCUCUCGAAGAAGAUGAGACGGAAGUUCGACGGACAACUCGCUCGCCGCCCCCUCUGGAAUCUGAGGAAGACGGCAGUCGUGAAGAAUCCGAGUCAGGUCAAGCAGAGUCAGAGACUGGUGUGUUUGGCGAAGAACCAGAGUCUGUGAGCAGUGAUGAUAAUAAACAUCAUAAGUCUGACGAGUUUCAUCAGUCUGAUAGCCAUUUACCUCCCAGUUCAGGCUCAGGUCGUGAGAGCAGUGAACCCAUUACUGAUGCCUCUCAGAACCUCAGCAAGGAACAAGGACGACCCAACAAACCUGAUCAGUUGUUGCCUGUUGCACCACCGCACUCAGGAGAUGGGCGUGAUGAUCAUCACCUAGAGAGACAGCAUCAUAACCAGCAUCACCGCAAUCACGUUACUGAUGAUGAAGCAAACGACAAAAGCAAAGACGAUGGACUACAGUCCUCAGCUGAUGGCGUAACGUCUCCAACGGUGAACAUGAACGCCCCUCACCGUGAUGAUAGCGAGCACCGCCAUACGGCCUCUCAUCAGCGUCCUACAUCUGGCUCUUCAUCCAGCAGCGACUCUGGCUCCUCUGAUGAUCUGGAGUCUCACCCAUCUGUCCAGCGUCCUCCCGUUCCACCGCUGUCUGAAGACGAUAACAGCAAAACACAGCCAUGCGUGGAACUCUCGCAGAUCGAGAUUCCGUGGGACCCUCGCAAACAUCCGGGCGGACUGACUAUUUGUGACCCGUCUAAGCCUGAGACAGGUCAGAGAAGAGGUGAGGGCUCAGGGCGGCCGCCAGGGAUUGAUAGAGGAAUGCUGCCAGGAGUGGAGACAAGACAGCAGGCAGAUCGUCGCCAGGAACAUGGGUCAAGUCAUCAGAGGACACACUCGGUACAGCGUCAUCGUGCUCCUCCUGCUCCCCCGCCGCCUCCGUCGGGCAAUCGUGACCUCUCUGACCUCUCUCCGACCAAUCGUGACCUCUCUAACCUCGCCUCAACCAACCGCGACCCAUCUAAACCCCUCCCUGCCAUUCAUGACCUUCCUGACCUUCCUAAAGCCAACCACAACCUCUCUGACCUCCCCUCCACCAGAGGUCAGCCCGGGUCACCCUCAGGUCAUGAUCCAGGCCGCAGUAGACACCGGGCGGCCGGCUGGCGUCGUGUACCCAUGUGGUCUGGAGAUGACCAAACGCCCGAUCAUCCUCACUCGGUGGUAUCGGGUCCAGAACCCCCGACACAGCCUCCGCCAAUUGUGCUGGUCCUGAGGGGAACCGACUCAGACUCUAGCGGUGAAAGGAAGAAUUACAACACACUUGAUUUGUCAAAAGAUGCUGUUGAUCUGAGUAGUGUGAUUUUGAGACCUCAAGACACGCUGCCUUUGCUAUCAGUUCCUGCAGAAAAGUUACAGCAGAAUCACAACCGUGCCAAGACUGGAUUUGCGAGUGACAGUAGACGUGAGUUUGAAGAUGGAGCUGGGAGUGAGAGCGGAGUGGGACCUGAAGAUAGAUACCGUGGUGCUGAUCUGGCCCGACAGCGUGUGCUGGCUAUCAGACCUCACCGAUUCGAUAAACAGCACUAUGAGUCCAGAGACCCAAAUGCUGAAAUCUCUAGCCCAGUGAACCCGUCUGUGAGUGGUCCUUUGACAGUGAUCGGAGAGAAAUUGGUGACGGCUGACGAGUCCCUGAACUCUGGUGGUCGUUACGAACCACAGAGUGCUAGCAAGACCGAAAGCCGUGAAGCUGUUCUCCCUACUGAAGCAGAUGAGGUUGACCGGUCUCGUGGUCAGAGUUCUGGCGUGAGGCCGCCUGUUGAUGCUGGACCACGUGAUCAAACCUUUGAUGUGAGGCCGUCUGCUGAGCUUGGCUCACGUGACUUUCCGCGUACGGUUGACCCGAGUGGCUGGUCUCGGCGGCAGUUGCCUGGCAGAAUGGAGGGAGACUCGUCCGAGCAGGGCCUUGAGAUGCAUACGACACGUCAUGAGACUGAAGAUAGAGGAUCUUCAGACAGUCAAAAGAGACUGAAAUCAGACAUCGAAGACAGAAAUAUUCCGAGCACUGGAGUUAAAGACCUCCAAGACAACGAUUCAGACAGGCAUAUUCCGCCAGGUGGAGCUUUCCAUCAUUACCAACGUCGGCCUAUCGAUAGAAAAACGCAGCACCAUGAUGGUCGUCUUCCUUCUCGACGGCAUCCAAACGGCGACCCGAGGCACUACAAAUUGCAAUCGCGACCAACAGAUAACAGCCCAACCACAGAACCCACAGCCGGCUGGAGCUUGACAAGCGCUCUGCAUCGGUUGGAAGACUUGUCUCCGACACUGAAUCGUCUCCUCUCUGGUGGCAAAAGGAGACGGGAGACACGACAGCGGAGACGGGAGACAAACAGGAGACGGUGGCGGGAGGGAGACCGCAGGCGCCGGAGGAGACGUUACAAGAGGAGUUUGCUUAGUGGAUUGACAGGCUGGAGAGAUUUACGAGAAGAUGACACCGAGAAAGACACACGACGGGAAGAACUGAACAACCGUUGGGAGGUGGUUAGAUGUGUGCCAGAACAAAUGAACCUAGAGAGGACUGGGGAUAACAGAGAAGAUGCUAGAAUGCCUGCGAGAAGCCAGUUCCAGCUGAGAGCUAGGCCUUCUUCACGAUACCUUCAUGCUCAGAGCGGCGAGGCUAAAGACUGGAGCUACAACUUCUCAAAGUCGCUAGAGAGGCAGCCACAGCUUUUUCAGAUCCGCUCAAACCGAGAUCUACGCUCCGUCUCCGUCCCCUCUGCACCUACCUCACCCCACCCGCCUCCUCUCGACCCAUACCUCCUCUUCCUCAUCACUCUCGCCCUCCUCAGUCUCUGGGGGACGGCCGGUGCUCCCCACCGCCGUCUCGUCCUCCACUGCUGGCGGCACGCUCUGGACGAGGCCGAACACCUGGAGCGUGUCGAGCGCCCCCGGCCGGCUGCCGAGGCGGCGGCGGCCGCGCUGCUGGCCACAGCCGCUGGCCUGUGGCCGCUGCUGCCCAGCUGUCUGCCCGCUGGCCGGCAGCCGCUGGCCGCGCUGAUGGCGCUGGGAGCUGCGCUGACACUGCUGGGUGGACUGAUGGUGCCCUGGCUGCCGAUGGUGGCUGGAAAGGAGCCGCCGCAGCGGACAGGAGCAGUCCUCAGGACUCUGGUGUCGAGCCGCAGCUCUCUGCUAUUCACCAUAGCUGUAUUCACCACCGGCCUCCUCACAUCGGCCGAGUUCCACUUCCUCUUCCCGCUGACUGCCACCUGGCGGCCGGCGCCGAGAGCUCUACUUCUGCUGGCAGCCGCCGCGGCGCUGGCGUCGCGUCUGCCGGUCCGAGCGCUGUACCGACCGCUGAUGGUCCGCUGUGGAUUUGUCGGCUCCGUGGUGCUGUCGUUCACGGCGCUCUCCACCAGAUGCCUCUGUUACGUGUGCAUACCGACCGGCUGGGCGCUGGUGACCGCUCAGCUCCUGUCGGGCCUCACUGAGACGCUGUUCUGGCGGGCCGCGCAUGUGUUUGUCGACAAAACGACGCACGAUGACUACCACCAGAGCACGCUCGGCGUUCUGGAGGCGCUGUACGCCAUUGGUCGCUGCUGUGGGGUGCUACUCGCCGGAGCUGCCUUCUCGACUGUUGGAGGGACGGCUACGUUCGCAGCGCUGGCCACCGUGGCCUCAGCCGCCGCCCUGGGGUACUAUGUGGCCGCCAGCCCGCGCGGACACGCCCCUCCCGGCGGCUCGCUCGCGUCGCGCCGGGUCGCCCGCGACGCGUCAGUUGUUUGGCAGCCGUGA